AUGAAUGAAGACAACAUCACUCGCACCACUGCAUCUCUGCAAGUUGUAGUGACAACAGAAGAAGUAACUCACGUCUAUGGAGUCUUGAACAGUUCUGUGUCCUUGAGCCUUGAAAAGACAAACCUGCUCCACAGCUCUGACAUCAUCUGGAAGAAGGAGGAUUCUCUGAUGGUUAAGUUUCAGAAUUUUACACCCAUUUUUUAUGAAGAUUAUGGAACCAGAGUUAAAAUCUUUCCUGAUGGGACCCUUAGUCUGGCCAAAACUUUGAAAACGGAUGAAGGCAAAUACACGGUGCUGUUGUUAGACAGAUCUGGCAUUGUUACACAUGAAGAACAGUAUUAUUUAUUCAUUACAGAAAGUAAGGAAGUCCAUCCUGUGUACGUCAUCCUUGGCAGCUCAGUUUUCCUGCAUGCAGGAAACGAGAACGCACAGAGCACCUCUGAUAUUAGAUGGAAGAAAGGAGACACCCUGUUGGUUAGGGUUAAAAAUGAUGUUCCACGUUUUUAUAAUGAUUAUAGAUACAGAGCUGAAAUCUUCACAAAUGGGACUCUCAGACUAGACAGCACUAGAGAAAGAGAUUCAGGAAUUUACAUUGUGGAGAGGUUCAACAGACAUGGCAAGCUGCUCUGCACUGAGGCUCAUCACUUAAUCACAAUUAAAAACACAGAUUUUCAAAAAGUAUAUGGAGUCUUGGGAAAAUCAGUUUUUCUCCACGUGUCUAACAAGAACCUGCUGAAUGGCAUUGACAUUCUGUGGAAAAGAGCAACAGUUCCUGUAGCUCGCUUGAAAAAGAGCACAGUUUUUUACUAUGGGGACUAUGAAAACAAAGCAAACAUAUUUACAAAUGGGACUUUGAGAUUGGACAGGAUUGAUGAUGCUGACACAGGACCUUACAGUGUGGUUGUGUCUGAUGCCAAUGGAAGAAACAUACACAGCGAAAUAGCUCAACUAUUCAUGAUGAUUUACACUGAGUGCACACCUGUAUAUGGAGCUAAAGGCAGCACAACAUUUCUAUUUCUGGAAAAUCAGAACGAUAUCCAAACAAUCAAUUUCGACAAGACAUGGAAAAAGGGGGGCUCCCUUGUGGCUGAGUUGAACGGUUUUACCCCUUAUUACUACGGGCACUAUGAAACCAGGACUGGGGUCUUUAAAAAUGGGACCAUCAGAUUGGACAGGACUCAAGAGUGGGAUACAGGAAACUACAGUGUGGACUUUUUUGACAAAGUCAAAAAUAAUAUAGGCAGAUGGGCCAUUCAGUUGUUCAUCAUUGAUGGUGUUUCCCAACCUGAGGUAAAAUAUACUUGUCUUCCCAAUGGAAAAAUUCAGUUCAACUGCUCAGUAGAAAAAGGCAGUGACCCUUUAUUUCAAUGGAGUUUGGAUGGAAACAUACUAGUUGGUGAAACUGCAUUCCACACUAUUAAAAAAAAUGUGGCGGUUUUGUACCAUGUGGUUUCAGGAAAAUUAAUCUGCAUCGCGGCAAACAAUGCCAGUGAAAGUCACAGUGACCCCAUCUCAUUUGCCUGCGAAGAAGAAAAUAUAAAUACACAUAGCCAUCAGUUUGAGUCCAUAGAAACUCUCUUGGGAACGUCAGUGUUUUUCCAGUUUAAAAGCAGUGGCUUGGCUAUAGGCUCUGACAUUGUAUGGAAGAAAGGGGAAUCCCCAGUGGCUUGGUUGCAGAACAAUGGCACUGUUUGCAAUGGAGACUACAAGAACAGGGCUGAGAUCUUUGCUAAUGGAUCGUUGAAACUGGACAAGACUCGUGAAACUGAUUCAGGAAAUUACAGCGUGGACGUGUUUACAAAACAUGGAACAAAGAUACGGAGAAGGAUUGCUAAAUUAAUCAUAAUUGGUCAUACAGAGUUCCUACCUGUAUAUGGAGCUGUGGACAGCUCAGUGUUCCUGUUUAUGAAGAAUAACACAGACCUUGAAAAUAUGUCUCCAUUGGAAUGGAAGAAAGGAGAGUUACUGGUGGCUACGUUUAAAGGUUCUAACCCUAGUUACUAUGGAAACUAUAAAAAAAGGGCUCAAAUCUUUUUUAAUGGGACUCUCAGACUGAAGUUAAUAAAAACUGACGAAGGAAAUUACAGUGUGGACUUUUAUAACAAAUAUGGGAUAAAUACACGCAGAUGGAUCACAAAGUUAUUCCUACUUGAUGUGGUCUCAGUUCCAAAGGUGGACUAUUUCUGCCUGUCCAAUAGGAAGGUUGAGCUUCACUGCUCAGUAGAAAGGGGGAGUGACCCUGUAUUCCAAUGGAGUUUAAAUGGAAAGGCAUUAUCUGGUGAAAGCACCUCCUCUACUGUUAAAAACCAUGUGCUUGUCUUGAACCACGUGGUUUCGGGAAGGAUAGGAUGCACUGCUGCAAACAAUGUCAGUACAAGUCAGAGCGAACUGGUUUCAUUUUCCUGUUUAGAUAUAAUCCCAUUUCAAACCGUGGACAGUGUCUUGGUAAGCUCUUUAUUACUCCUGUUGAAAAACAUUGCAAAUAGCUCUGCCAUUGAAUGGAGAAAAGAUAACCGCUCUGUGGCUGGAUUCAAACAGGAGGCCCCCUAUUACAAUGAAAACUAUAAAGACAGAGCCAGCAUGUUUGCAAAUGGGACCUUGAGACUGGACAAGACUCAGAACACUGAUUCAGGCUCUUACAGCGUCAUUGUUUUUGACAAAAGUGGGAAAAAUACACAAAAAGGGAUUGCUCAGAUAAUUAUCAUUGCCUUCACGGAAUGCCCUCAGGCAAAUGGAAGCAUGGGCAGCUCGGUGGUUCUCUUUCUCAACAACGAAGACCAUAUACACUUUUCUAAUAUUGAAUGGAAAAAGGGGAACUCUCUUGUGGCAAAACUAAAAUACUCUGUUCCCCAUUACUAUGGAGACUAUCAAAACAGGGCCGAGAUUUUCAACAAUGGGACCCUCAUACUGCAUGAGACUCAGGGAACUGAUACUGGAAAUUAUAGUGCAGAGUUUUUUGAUACAAAUGGAAAUGUUCGAUUUAAAUGGAUCACUCAGUUACUCAUAGUUGCACCCCCUGGUAUUGAAACUGGUAGCAUGUAUACUGCAGGUGUGAUAUAUGGAAUUUUCCGGCACUUUGUAACAAGCAUUCUUGUUUUGAUCUUCUUUCUUGGAGCAUUGCGGCGCGUGAUUAAAAAGCUACAUCUCCACAUAGGCAAAGAGAAGGAAGUUCCUAUCCAGCCAAAACAAGAUACAGAAACUGAAGUGUUGAGUACUACAGAGUUCUGAUCGCUUGUGGCACCAUCCUGUAAUAUAAUGUGUAAUUAUAUUUUCAAUUUCAAACCUUCUGGGAUGUAUAUAGCAUGAUACCAUUUGUAAUUAAAAAAUAAUAAUACUUUGACCUUGCUCUUGGAUGACCCCCUAAGAAGUUUUCAGACUUUUCUUUUUUAGUGAAAAAUUAUAUUAAAUUGCACAGCCACUGUCUGUACCUAAGAAGGUGCAUUUAUGAACCAGGUCAAAUGGAACAUCUUUUAGCUAAACACAUAUGGCAUGCACCUAUUUACAUGUACAUGCAUUUGUAUACAUUGAGGCUUUCUUUUUUUUGUCGCUAUUUAAUUUUUACUGCAAAUUUAAGAAACAUAGAGAAUGUUAAAUUAAAUAAGUCUAUCUUUAAAAAAAAAUUUAAA